CUGUCUUCCACGAAGAUUAAUUUUUUAAUGAAACUUUACGACCUUUUUUGUAAGGAUAUUUUAUAACGUUUAUUAAUUAUCGAUAAUUCUCAAAAUCUGUAAAUAGCUUGCUGAAACUUACGCAGUAUUUUUUAUGCAUUUAAAAUCUUUAUUAUUAUUAUUAUACGGCACAUAUGCUAUUUCUAAUUUUCUUCUCGGCGCCAUCCUACGCCGGGACUUCAUAUCGCUACUACGUAUAACAGAUCCAAAUUCUCGGAUUCUCGGAUUUUCCUGAAUACGCCGAUGUCACCCACGGGCGCGGUUGAUCUCACCAUUACCAAUUCGGUUUACUUCAACACUAGCCAUUUUCCGCCGCAUCUGUCAAUGUCACCUGCGCCUGUAGCGCCUGUAGCGCCUAUAGCGCCUAUAGCGCCUGUAGCGCCUGUAGCACAAAACUUAUACACACCCUGGAGACCGCAUACCGGCAAGAUGUACCAGUGCCCCGUUUGUGGCAAGCUUCUGUCACAUCGAUAUACUUUGAAGCGUCAUCGCGCGACCACCUGCGGUAAGAUUCGCAAUACCAGUGGCGAAUUUCAAUGUAGCUCUUGUGAUAGGAGAUACGACUCCAAGGGGAGCCUGUCGCGUCACCUUAGGAACGAAUGCCACGUGGAGCCUCAAUUUCGCUGCAUCUUCUGCGAGAAAAAGUUCACCCAAAAAUGCAGCCUGUUUAGGCAUCUGAAGAAAAAACAUGCUGAAAGAAAUAGCAAUAAAUCCGCGCCAAAACUGAAGUGCUCGCCGCAAUAGACCAACAACGCUUCUCUCGGAAUAAAUAACAAUUCACGCGGAGAAGGAUUACGCGAGAAGAUAAUGUGCGAAUACUGGAAGUAAUGCUGCUAUUUCACUGUUUAUUCUUGCCAAGAAAUCAGUAGGUCGAACAAAAACAUAAAACGACGAGUUGAAAUAAUCAGAAACCAAAGGAAUAUCAGUGACUAUUGUCACUUUAAAAAAGUUUUUUCUUUUUAUAAAACGAACGAAAAGAACAAAAUUCUGAAGAAAAAUGAAAGUGAGAAAUCAAUCAUUGUUUAAAAAAAUGUAUUAGGUGAAAAAGAAGUUGAUUGAAAAGUGCUUCUUCAGAAUAAAUAAUAGUUCCUCGAAAAUAAAAGAAAGAUAAAAUUAGCUUUAAAAUUAAUUAAGAAUUGAAUUUUUUCGCUCUUGAGAAAGAAAUUGAUAUCUCAGAGUUAUAGAAUAUGAAAAGGUUCCUCAUGAAAAAAGUUUUGUUAUGGUAAAUGUCUCAUGUCGUUAUUAACAAGAAAGUUUUUAAAUUAUCGCUUUUCUCGGAAUAAAUAACAAUUUACGUGGAGAGCGAUCACGCGAGAAGAUAAUGUGUGAGUACCGGAAGUAAUUCUGUUAUUUCACUGUUUAUUCUUGCCAGGAAAUGGUCGAUUGAAAAAACGUGAGACGAUGAGUUGAAAUAAUCAAAAAUCAAAG